AGCUGUUCAGUGAAUACACAGUGGUUGUGUGUAGCGCGCGUAAUGGAACAAUUGAUAAUAGAUUGUUUAAACAAAUAAGUGUAUAUGAAUUGAAAAAUUUAUUUUAAUUAGUUAAUGGUUUUUGUUCUUUAUUUAAUCUACAAUUAUUGAUUGAAUUCAUCAGAACGAAUUUUAUAGUAAAUCAAAGAAAAUGCCAUCACUUCUGGAAGCAAUUGAGAUGAAGUAUGGUGUAAUUGAACAUCAGAUGUAUGGAGAAAGUUUCAUCGAAGCAGAUGCAGAUAUUUCAAUAUUUGUACCUAAAAAAUCACCUCGCGUUUGUAUCCCAUCAUUAUUGGUAUUAAAUGAUUUUGAUAUUGAAACUGCCGGCGAUGGAAGUGAAAUAGAACAUAAGUGUGCUGGUGUUGAAGAGUUAGAUCUUGCUAUGAAUAAAUUAGAGGAAUGGUCAGAGAUAAUUGCUAUAUUUGAGCAUAUGCCUCGCUUGAAAUUUGCCAAUUUAAGUUUUAAUACUUUAUCGUCGCCAUUAAAUAAGAAUAUUGGACAACAAUGGAGUCAAUUACGAAGCCUUGUAUUGAACUCAACGCAUAUUGACUGGCGUAGUGUUCGUCAAUUAAUACAACUACUACCAGAAUUACAAGAAUUACAUUUAAGCUUUAACGACUAUAACCAUGUAGAUCUAGAAGAUGAUAUUAACACUGAAAAAUGUGAAUCUUGCGCACAACUACAAGAGAAUACAACAAAAUUGAAUAAAUGUCAAAAAACCAGUGAUACAAGAAAAAAUUUAACCGACGAUGAGAAAAGUGAUGAAUCAUCAACUACGAGGCAGAAAGAUCAUGAUCCACAAUCGUCAACAAAAUGUGAUGAUUAUGAAAAUAAAAAUGAUGCAUUAAGACUUACAGUAGCUAAUUCACAUUUUCAAACACACUGCCAAUGCCCACUCUACAAUAAAAGUGAAAAUGGUGAACUAAAAAAACGUGUUAUACAUACUAACAUAAAAAAAUUACAAUUUACUGGUAAUCCAAUUAAAAAAUGGUCAGAAAUAUGUAAAUUAGGAAAAUCAUUCCCAAAUUUAGAAUCAUUAGUAUUGGCUGAUUGUCCCAUUGAAAGUUUAGAUAUAUGUUGUGAAGUAUCUUCGGUUGAAGAUUCGAACACAAAUAAAAAAUGUCGUUCUUAUGAUAGAACAGAAAGUGGAUGCGAGGCUGAUGAAAUAGAAACACCACAUUGCCAUUUUAGAAAUUUAUUAUUUUUAAAUCUGAAUUGUACAGCUAUAGCAGAUUGGUGUGAAAUCGAACGAGUGGCAAAGUUCCAAAAAUUACAAUGUUUGCGGAUUCAGGGAUGUCCACUUUGGGAAAGUCAUGAAAAUACACAACAUGAAAGAAGGCAAUUAAUGAUUGCGCGAUUACCAAACAUUAGUAUGCUAAAUGGAGGUGGUGCUAUUACACUCGAAGAACGAGAGUCUUCUGAAAGAGCUUUUAUACGUUAUUUCAUGGAUAAACCAGAAGAUCAACGUCCUGAAAGGUACUCAGAACUAAUUGCCAUUCACGGAGAAUUAGAACCUUUAGCUGAUGUUGAUAUGUGCCCAGAAAAACGCGUUAAAGUGACAUUUACGUUUAAAGAUCGUAGUGAAGUUAGAAGUGUUGAUGUAUACCGAACUGUAGCUGAUUUAAAAACAAAAUUGGAACCAAUUACUGGAUUGUCGGCAGCUCGUAUGCGUUUAUUUUAUGUCGAUCAAGAUUUCCGACAUAUUCAGGGCCCGGAAGAGAUGAAAUAUGCAUCGAAACAACUGUACAGUUACAAUAUCCGAUCUGGAGAUGAAAUAAUUGUUGAUCAGAAAAAACGUACGCAUUCAUCUACCUCAACGUAAAUUGAUUUUCAAUACGAACUAAAUAUUACUAAAGUACGAUAUAACAGACCAACUAAAUACUAUCCAAUCUAAAUAUGUUAAGAGAUAUAUUCGAAAGUAUUAUAAUCGAUAUUUGAAACAGGCGCAGGUAACGUCUCACAAUGUAUUCAAGUAAUAGCGGCAGAUUUCUUUUUGAAUUAUCUCUAACAUUUAUGUUGGGAAUCAAGUAUUUUAUUCUUCCUAAAUACUUGUGUACGUUUGAGAAUUUUUAUUGUACUACAAAAUGGUAUUUGUGCUUAUAAAUACUGUGAUACGUAUUCGAAGCAUUAUAAUUAUUAUAAUUACUAUUUAACAUUUUAUAAAAAAUAACCCAUGGUGUUGAAAACAUUCUAAGUCGCGUAUAUUUAUAGACAAAAAAAUUGUACUAAUUAACUUCAAUUUGUUCUUUUGUAAAUAGUAUAUGCAAGAAAUAUAUUAAUAAAUCAAUCAAUUUAGGUACAUAAGGUCA